AUCUGGGCCAAAAGAACCUGCUUCUCUGUUGUAUGACGUUAUCUCAGAGAUAAAAUAAGUAAUAAUUCGGAAAUUAUUGAUUGCCAGUCAGCCUUUAUAAAAUUUGAAUCCGCAGCUGUCAGCCCCGAGGAUCCUAAUCGGGAAUGAGUUUGGCGCCAUUGGUUUUCCAGUUGGGUGACAUGGAAAGCUGAGUGCAGAAGCAGUAAACCGCGCUGUAUAAAUGUGGCGUCUUGGAGUCAGUCAGUGAGAACAGACUGUAAUCCGGGUCACAGAGUGAACAAGGCAACUCACACCGGCUGAACAACCAUGAAGUGGGGCAUCGUCGUCUUAGUCAGCUGCAUUUUGUUGCUCUCUCUACCAUGUUACGCAGAAGAAAAAGUCAACUGUUCAGACCCCAAAAAAAUAGGGUCGUGCAAAAACUAUUUCCCUUACUAUUACUACAAUACGAAAACUCAGAAAUGCGAGAAGUUUAUGUAUAGUGGCUGCGGUGGCAAUGGGAACAGGUUUAUGCAGAAAAAUGACUGCAUUAUACGAUGUGAAAGAAGUUCAAGUAAGUUCCUAAAACAUUAUUUUUACAAAUGUUCAGACCCAAAAAAAUCAGGACCGUGCAAAGCUGCCUUCCCUCGUUAUUACUACAAUGCGAAGACUCGGAAAUGCGAAAAGUUUAAGUUUGGUGGCUGCGGUGCCACUGGAAACAACUUUUUGAAACAAAGUGACUGCAUUGCACUUUGUGAAAGAAGUUCAAUCAACUGUUCAGACCCCAAAAAAAUAGGGUCGUGCAAAAACUAUUUCCCUUACUAUUACUACAAUACGAAAACUCAGAAAUGCGAGAAGUUUAUGUAUAGUGGCUGCGGUGGCAAUGGGAACAGGUUUAUGCAGAAAAAUGACUGCAUUAUACGAUGUGAAAGAAGUUCAAAAGCGAAAUAAAGGGGCAUUUCUGCUAUAUAAAUGGCACCGUUGGGACAGAGAAAUCAGUAUCAUUUGUGGCCAGAGCUAAGGAAUGGAGAUUUGAGCAUCAAAGGGAAAAACGUCAAAAUAUCAAUUCUAUUGUUUUAAAUAAUUUUACUCUUGAAAUUCUGCAUGUUAA